AGAUCCUGUACCUUAUGGAAUUUCUAACCAUUGCUGGAAUCACUUACAGUUUGUUAUCUUUUUCUCUCAAGCCUUGAGUUUACAGUUCCAUGUUCUAACAUAGCUCUCUUUAAUGUUUUGCACAUGACAGUUGAGACAGAAUAAACAGAUUUUCUUGGAACUUUUUUCAUCAUUCCAAGUUUUCUGCUGGCAAGUAAUCCGAGAUUGUGAUUGCGACGUUUGGCGUAUUGGGGUCUCUUCUCUCCUCAGCAUUUGGUUUCAUAGCCUUUCUUUUGACUGUUCGGAUCGUUGGGGCAUUCCUUCACUGAUUGCUUUACCAAGUGAGAAGAGUAUCUUAAGUGGGUUGAAAAUGUAUCUGGUAGAAAGCAAAGGAGGUGCUAUAGUAUGCAUGCUUUUUUCCCUGUUCUUCCUGGGUACAUGGCCUGCUGUUAUGACUCUCUUAGAAAGACGCGGCCGCCUUCCUCAGCAUACUUACCUUGAUUAUACGAUGACAAAUCUAUUGGCUGCUGUUCUUAUAGCUUUGACAUUUGGUGAGAUUGGCAGUGAAAGACCAAAUUUUUUUUCUCAACUUUCUGAACUGAAGGAUAACUGGCCUUCUGUUUUGUUUGCAAUGGCUGGUGGGGUGGUUCUCAGCCUUGGAAAUUUAGCCACACAGUAUGCUUGGGCUUUUGUUGGAUUAUCUGUAACAGAAGUGAUCACUUCAAGCAUUACAGUCGUUAUAGGCACAACCUUGAAUUACUUCUUAGAUGACAAAAUCAAUAAAGCUGAGAUUCUUUUCCCAGGUGUCGCUUGCUUUUUUAUUGCAGUUUGUCUUGGGUCAGCUGUACACUCAUCAAAUGCUGCUGAUAAUAAAGCAAAACUUAGAAAUUUGCCGAGUGUUGAUGGAUCUGAGACUGAGGCAACAUAUACCUCCGCAGCCACAGGAACAUUGUCAGAGAAGGGAACAGAGGAUCCAGAGCGUGGGAAUGGUAUAGUUGGGAAGGCAAAAGCCGGGACAGCGCACUUCCUUGUAGAACUUGAGAAUAAACGAGCGAUCAAAGUGUUUGGGAAGAGCACUUUGAUUGGAUUGGCCAUAAACUUCUUUGCUGGUUUUUGCUUCUCUCUUUUCUCACCAGCAUUCAAUUUGGCAACAAAUGAUCAGUGGCACACGUUGAAGAAAGGGGUUGUUAAGUUGGUUGUCUACACAGCGUUUUUCUGGUUCUCUAUAUCUUGUUUCAUAAUAGCCAUCAUUUUAAACAUCAUCUUUCUUUACCGCCCUGUAAUGGACCUACCCAGAUCAUCAUUCAAGGCUUAUUUGAAUGACUGGAAUGGCAGAGGCUGGGCCUUUUUGGCUGGCCUCCUGUGUGGGUUUGGAAAUGGUCUCCAAUUUAUGGGUGGUCAAGCUGCCGGAUAUGCAGCAGCGGAUGCCGUUCAGGCUCUUCCGCUUGUGAGUACAUUCUGGGGCGUAGUCCUGUUUGGGGAGUACCGGAAGUCAUCACAAAGAACAUAUAUAUUGUUAUUUGGUAUGUUGUUCAUGUUUAUAGCUGCAGUUGGGGUUCUCAUGGCAUCAUCAGGGCACCGGAAAGGAGCAUGAAGCUGCAAAGUAGUCUGGAGUUUCUGUAGACCAUAAAGAAGGAAAAAGUUGCGCAUCCAGGGAAUCGAAUCCUGGUCAGUACCGUGGGAGGGUACUAUGAUACCACUACGCCAGCUGCGCUUCUUAUUGAAGUCUUUUUGUCAUUCUCAUUGAAGACUAUCUGUCAUUAUUAUUAUUAUAAAAGCCACAAACAGCUAGCAAAAUCUAUCUUAUUUUUUAAAUUGUAAGUAAGAAAUUUCCUAAUCAUUUGGGCUCAGCAAGUAUGUAAAAGAGUAAUUUUCUUAUUUUUCAA